AUGGGCGUUGCGGGGCGCCAAGACGUCGUACUCGCACGAGUCCCAGCGCGGGGCGGCGCACAAAACCGUUACGUGCCGCAGCAGCAGCGGCGGGGCACGUGGCGGCAACCCACGCCCCACGCCACGGGCCCGCUUGCUUCUUCAGGUGGCGUUGGAACCGUUGAGCCAACAAGCUCCCGGCCACGGCUUCAUGUCUUGGCGACCAAGACGCGUAGCUCCCUGGAGGAGGCCGCGGAGGGGUUUUUGCAUUCUGAGCGUCGUCGUCUGUUCGCCGUAUACCCCCCCUCCACGUCCCGCGAUGCCUCGUUGGUACCCUCCCCCUACGAUUACGUUUGCGUCCUUCAGAGGCUGAGUGCCUGUGGUACGGGGGUGCCUUCCAAGCAUGUGUACUCGUUGCUGGUGGAGUUGCUUAGGAAGCCGCUGCCCCCCUCGCAGGCCGGCCUGGGGUGGGAUCUCCCGGAUGAGGCGGUAGUGGAUUUGCAGGCGCGAGCACUGGAGGCGGUGAUGCCCUGCCUCGAGGGCCGCGACGCCUUGGCGUUUGCGCAGAAGGGCCUCAUGCCACUCCUCUCGCCUACUGCCCUCGCGGGCGGCAGCCACUCUAGUGAGUUGGUGUUUAUUCAGGCACUUCGUCGGCGGCUGCAGGGUGGCGGCGUCGCCUCCGCAGGGCUGGAGGCGAGCGGCGGAAGCAUCGAGAGUGGAUUGCUGGUGACGGCCCCUGUGGUGUCGGCUGCGGCGGCAGCUUUGAUUCGGGUGCGACACAACUGCCGCAAAACAACAGGCGAUUGA